CUCUCCUCUUGAUGACUAAACUGAUCAACUGAAGCUCCUUCACUUCCCCUAUACGCCAUGAGAAUUAGGUCCUGAAAGAUACAUAGAAAUCUUAAAAACCCUAGCAAUGGCAGCUUCGGUUACUGCUGCCUCAACCAUUCCACUACCGAAGCUCGCUUUUCUCCGUCCCGAAACCAGUCUUAAGAUUAGAAUUCCUCUUUCUAGACUCCAGUUUCAGAAUUCUACGUAUAAUCUAGUUCUUCGGACUCGAAUAACAGCGGUUCGCGAAGAAACUGUAGCAGUUCUGAAGGAAAAAGAGAAAGAGGAUCGGGUGGGAGAUGAGGUGGAUGGAUUGAACUUGAACAGUAACGGAAGCAGCUUUGGUUAUAAUGGAUCGGUUGGUAGCUCCAAUGGUAGUGUUGGUGUAAUUCUUGACGGAAAUGGAGCGAGUAAUGGGAGUUUGGUGAAAUAUGCUGGCGGGAAUGGCGCUGCGACGAAAACUGAGGAAGGAGAAGUCUCUGGUUUAAAGUCGGAGGAGGGGAGGAAAAAGAGGGUGGAAGAGAUAGGACAGGAAGAAGCCUGGUUCAAGCAAGCUGGACGAGAUAACGUAGAGGUCUCUGUUCAACCAGGUGGCCGUUGGAAUAGAUUCAAGACCUAUUCAACAGUACAGAGGACCUUGGAAAUAUGGAGUUUUGUUCUAACCUUUCUCUUUAAGGCAUGGCUGAACAACCAGAAGUUCAUGUAUCGAGGGGGAAUGACUGAGGGGAAGAAAGUUCUAAAGCGGAAAGCCCUUGCCAAGUGGUUAAAGGAAAGUAUUUUGAGAUUGGGUCCCACAUUCAUCAAAAUUGGCCAGCAGUUCUCCACAAGGGUGGACAUUCUCGCCCAGGAAUAUGUUGAUCAGUUAUCUGAACUUCAGGAUCAAGUUCCUCCUUUCCCAUCAGAAACAGCUGUGUCUAUAAUUGAAGAAGAGCUUGGAGCCCCUGUUGAUUAUAUUUUUGAUCAGUUUAAUUAUGAGCCAAUAGCUGCUGCUAGUCUUGGCCAGGUUCACCGUGCAAGACUGAAGGGUCAGGAAGUUGUUGUUAAAGUACAAAGGCCUGGUCUCAAGGGUCUUUUUGAUAUUGAUUUGAAAAACCUGAGGGUAAUAGCAGAAUAUCUUCAAAAAGUUGACCCAAAAUCAGAUGGUGCAAAGAGAGACUGGGUUGCUAUCUAUGAUGAAUGUGCAAGUGUCCUAUAUCAGGAGAUUGAUUAUACCAAGGAAGCUGAGAAUGCAGAGUUAUUUGCGAAAAACUUUAAAGGCAUGGAUUAUGUAAAAGUCCCAACAAUGUACUGGGAGUACACUACACCACAGGUUCUUACAAUGGAGUAUGUCCCAGGAAUAAAAAUAAACAGGAUAAAAGCAUUAGAUCAGUUGGGUGUUGAUCGCCAAAGGUUGGGCCGCUAUGCUGUUGAGUCUUAUUUGGAACAGAUUUUAUCUCAUGGUUUUUUCCAUGCUGACCCACACCCGGGAAAUAUUGCUGUGGAUGAUGUUAAUGGUGGACGGCUUAUAUUCUAUGACUUCGGAAUGAUGGGAAGUAUCAGUCAAAAUAUCCGGGAGGGCUUACUUGAAACAUUUUAUGGAGUUUAUGAGAAGGAUCCAGAUAAGGUGCUUCAAGCCAUGAUUCAGAUGGGUGUUCUUGUGCCUACUGGAGAUAUGACAGCUGUUAGAAGGACAGCACAGUUCUUUCUCAAUAGCUUUGAAGAACGGCUUGCAGCACAAAGGAGGGAGAGAGAGAUGGCCGCAAAGGAGCUUGGAUUCAAAAAACCAUUGAGCAAAGAGGAGAGAACAGAGAAAAAGAAGCAGCGCCUAGCUGCUAUUGGAGAAGACCUACUCGCCAUUGCUGCAGACCAACCUUUCCGUUUUCCUGCCACUUUCACAUUUGUUGUUAGAGCAUUUUCAGUGCUAGAUGGCAUUGGGAAGGGCCUUGAUCCUCGAUUUGACAUUACAGAGAUCGCUAAACCCUAUGCGAUGGAAUUACUAAGGUUUCGUGAGGCAGGUGUCGAGGUCAUCAUAAAGGACUUCAAGAAGAGAUGGAACCGACAAUCCCGUGCAUUCUACAACAUAUUUAGACAGGCAGAUAGAGUUGAAAAGCUUGCUGAAGUCAUCCAACGCUUGGAGCAAGGUGACCUGAAACUUCGAGUUAGAACUUUGGAGUCUGAGAGGGCUUUCCAACGUGUUGCAGCAGUUCAAAAGACGGUUGGAAGUGCUGUAGCUGCUGGCAGUUUUAUAAACCUUGCUACAAUUUUGUAUCUCAAUUCGAUUCGAGUGCCUGCAAUUACAGCAUAUGUACUGUGUGUGGUUUUUAGCAUUCAAGUUUUGUUUGGCAUUCUCAAGGUCAAAAAAUUAGACCAACAGGAAAGGCUGAUAACAGGCACUGCUUGAACCACAGUUUAUAGGUUGUGAUGCAUCCUCACUGGUGAAACAGAAGGAAAUGAGCUCAACAAUCAUAAAUCAAGUGAUCAUGUACUUCUCAACAUUCUGGUUGGCUGGUGAAAAUGUGAGAAAGUUACCACAUUGGGCCAUGAGUUGUGUUGCAGUGGGCUUACGGCCUUAUUUUGGUGGCAUGCAAAUCUUGGUCCAUCAUUUGAAGAUAAUCAUCCGACACCAUUUUUGGUUGAAACUUGUGCAGAGUUCGCGAAUUGAGUUAAAUUCCAUUCAGUUACAUAUGUGUGAGCUGACGGCAUUCAUGACAGCUUUGAAUCCAAAUACAGGUUUGAUCUUAUAAGAGCCUUGGCAUUCUGAAGCUUCAUUCUUGCUUUGGGUGGAGGAUGAAAUAACCUAUGCUCAUUGGUGUUAUAUAG